AUGGCAACUAUUAUAGCUACUGCUGAUGCUAUACAAAAGCCCGAUACUGAUUAUAGACAGUACAGGGCUAUAACGCUACCCAAUAAUAUGCAGGCGUUGUUGAUACAUGAUCCUAAAACGGAGAAGGCGGCAGCGUGCAUGGCUGUUAAGGUUGGAUCUAUGUUUGAUCCGCCGCAGUUUCAAGGGAUAGCACAUUUUCUGGAGCAUAUGCUUUUCUUGGGAACACAAAAGUAUCCCGAAGAAGAUUCCUACAAUAAAUUCCUGGCCCAGAAUGGAGGCCGAUCGAAUGCCUUCACCAGCGACACAAACACUGUCUACUUCUUCACUGUGAACUCGUCGGCUUUGGACGGUGCUCUGGAUCGCUUCUCCUACUUCUUUAAGGAGCCUCUUUUCACACAGUCUGCCACAGACCGAGAAGUGCAAGCUGUGAAUUCAGAAAACAGCAAAAAUCUUCAAGUUGACGUCUGGCGGAUGAUGCAGCUCGAAAGAGAGCUGGUUUUCAAUAAGGAGCAUCCGUCCUACCACUUUGGUACUGGUAAUAAGGAAACUCUCAAGCAAAUUCCUCGAGAUGCACUUCUUGAUUUUCAUAAUAAAUGGUAUUCAUCGAAUAUUAUGAAGUUGGCUGUAAUUGGUAACGAGUCCCUUGAAGAGCUGCAAGAAUCAGUGCUAGAGAAAUUCUCACCCGUUUUGAACAAGAACGUGUAUAUCCCUGUUGAUGCUGAAUUCGGAGAUGCUUCAUUCUUGAGGGAAAUUGGAAGAUCGCUAUCUGAUGGAGUUACACAUGUUGAUCAUGUUGCAUCGGCUGCUAGAGGUUUAGUUUCUUUCGUGGUUCCUAUUAAGGAGAUACGUCAGGUUGACUUUGCGUUUUUCAUGCCGACCCAAUCACCACUGUGGACAACUAAACCGGCGAGGUAUCUGUCUCAUAUCUUCGGUCAUGAGGGUGAAGGGUCUUUGCUGUCUGCGUUGAAAGCACAAGGACUUGCGACCGGCCUUUCCGCGGGCGCAGUUUACGAUACGGCUGGGCUGUCUGUUUUCAAGAUCAGCGUCGCGAUACCGAAUUCGGCUUUCCAGAACGCCGGAAACCCAUGGACGUGA